CAGGACAGAACACUGAGAAAACACAACUAGAACACAACUGAAAAAGACCAACAGCUUCCUAUAAAACUUCAACAUGAAAACAAUAAUUUCAAUCGCUCUUCUAUUGACUGCUCUCUGCCUGGUCUCUGAGGCGGUCCAAGUCCAGGAUGGAGCAUAUUCCUUCUCAUUUGAUUCGGUGAAGGUCCUUCAGAGCCUGUUGGACAAAAGCUCUGUCCCCAUGCAGCAGAAUCCUCGUCUAAUCAAGACCAGUUAUGGUGCUGUUUGUGGCAACCCAACUCUGCCCCAGGAGUUCACAGAGCUCUGCCAUAAAAGUGGUUCUGCUCUGGUCUUCUCUAGGCUGGCUGCAGUGCCUAUGGAUGUGUGUGAAAUCUGUGCUUACGCUGCCUGUACUGGUUGCUAGACGUCUUUUUUGCUUGUGACUGAUUUGGAACUGUUACUUGUUUAAGCAUGUGUGAUUAUUCUUAGUCUGAAAAUAUGAUAAACUGGUAUUUUUUAUUUGGUACAACAUGUUUAUUUAUCAUUUUAAUGUAGAAUAGUCAUAUUUUUUAUUUCUUACUCAUUACUUAGACAAUUACAAUAAAAAUCUUUUAAUAGUA